AUGGGUCGUGUUCGCACCAAGACCGUGAAGAAGUCCUCGCGCCAGGUGAUUGAGCGCUACUACUCGAAGAUGACACUCGACUUCCACACCAACAAGAAGAUCCUGGAGGAAGUCGCCAUCAUCCCUUCCAAGCGCCUCCGCAACAAGAUCGCCGGCUUCUCCACCCACCUGAUGAAGCGGAUCCAGAAGGGCCCCGUCCGUGGCAUCUCCCUCAAGCUCCAGGAGGAAGAGCGCGAGCGCCGCAUGGACUUCGUCCCCGAGGAGUCCGCCAUCAAGGUCAACAGCAUUGAGGUCGACAAGGAGACGCUCGAGAUGAUUAGCGCCCUCGGCAUGGCCGAUGUCGGUGGGAUUUCCGUCGUCGACCCCGUUGCUGCCUCGGCUCCGCAGUUCGGUGGGUUUGGCAGAGGCAGGCCGAGGUACUAA